AUGGGCGUCAGCCGGAGAAAGUUGGUCCCAUUCUGGGUCCUAGCCCUGGCUCUGGCCUGCAGCCAACACAGAGGCCAGGCCCAACAGGACACUCUGAAAUCUUCCCGUGAACACCACUCUGACUUCUCUCAUCCUCAAGGGCAUGUUGGUACCCCACUCAAUAGGGUGACCAUCAUUCCACCUCUGAAGACCAUUCCUGUGGUACGAGCCCUCAACCCAGCACAUUCCAGGAGGGUGUGCAGCACAUGGGGCAACUUCCAUUACAAGACCUUUGAUGGACAGGUCUUCUACUUCCCUGGUCUCUGCAACUAUGUGUUCUCUGCACACUGUGGGGAUGCCUAUGAGGACUUCAAUAUCCAGCUUCGUCGUGGUCAGGAGUCUAAUUCCACCACUCCGAGCAGGGUCACUAUGAAGCUUGAUGGCCUAGUUGUUGAGCUGACCAAGAGCUCCGUCUUAGUCAAUAACCACCCGGUCCAGCUGCCCUUCAGCCAGUCUGGGGUCCUCAUUGAGCUCAGCAAUGGCUACUUGAAGGUGGUGGCCAGGCUGGGGCUGCUCUUCAUGUGGAAUGAUGAUGACAGUGUUCUGCUGGAGUUGGACACCAAAUAUACCAACAAGACUUGUGGUCUCUGUGGAGACUUCAAUGGCAGUCCAACAUCCAGCGAGUUCCUCUCCCACAAUGUUAGGCUGACACCCCUUGAGUUUGGGAACCUUCAGAAGAUGGAUGGCCCCACAGAGCAGUGCCAGGACCCCCUCCCUGUGUCCCAGAAGAACUGCUCCACCAGAUCUGGCAUCUGUGAAAAGAUCCUGAAAAGUGAGCUGUUCUCAGACUGUGCAGCCCUGGUGGACAUCAGCAGCUACCUGGAGGCUUGCCAGCAGGACCUCUGUCUCUGUGAGAGCUCGGACCCGUCUGACUGCAUCUGCCAUACCCUGGCUGAGUACUCCCGGCAGUGUGCACAUGCUGGAGGACAGCCUCAGGACUGGCGGGGUCCCAACCUCUGCUCUCAGACAUGUUCCCUCAACAUGCAGCACCAGGAAUGUGGCUCACCCUGUGUGGACACCUGCUCCAACCCCCAGCAUUCCCAGGUCUGUGAGGACCACUGUGUUGCUGGCUGCUUCUGUCCUGAGGGUAUGGUUCUUGAUGACAUAAAUCAGACUGGCUGUGUCCCUGUGUCCCAGUGUGCCUGCUUGUACAAUGGGGCAUUUUAUGCACCGGGUACCAAUUACUCUACUGACUGCACCAACACAUGCUCUGGAGGUCAGUGGAACUGCCAGGACAUCCCAUGCUCUGGCACCUGCUCAGUACUGGGAGGCUCCCACAUCUCCACAUUUGAUGAAAGGCAAUACACAGUACAUGGGGACUGCACCUAUGUUCUGAGCAAGCCCUGUCACAGCAAUGUCUUCACUGUGCUGGCUGAGCUGCGGAAGUGUGGAUUGACUGAAAGUGAGACUUGUCUGAAGACUGUGACAUUGAACCUGGGUGGGGGGCAGACGGUGGUCAUGGUGAAAGCCAGUGGAGAGGUUUUUGUGAACCAGAUCUAUACGCAGUUGCCAGUGUCUACAGCCAAUGUUACCUUCUUCCGGCCUUCAACCUACUUCAUCAUUGGUCAGACCAAUGUGGGUUUGCAGCUUGAGAUCCAGCUGAAUCCCAUUAUGCAAGUGUCUGCGCGUCUGAUGCCAGAAUUCAGGGGGCUAACCUGUGGGCUCUGUGGUAACUUCAACAGUAUUCAGGCUGAUGACUUCCAGACCAUCAGUGGGGUUGUGGAGGGCACAGCAGCUGCUUUCUUCAACACCUUCAAGACUCAGGCGGCUUGUCCCAAUGUCAAGAAUAUCUUUGAGGACCCCUGCUCGCUCAGCGUGGAGAAUGAAAAAUAUGCUCAGCAUUGGUGUUCUCGGCUGACUGACGCCAGUGGCCCAUUUUCCCAGUGCCAUGCCACUGUGAACCCUAGCAUCUUCUUCUCGAACUGCAUGUUUGACACGUGCAAUUGUGAGAAGAGUGAGGACUGCAUGUGUGCAGCCCUGUCCUCCUAUGUGCGUGCCUGUGCUGCCAAAGGUGUGCUGCUCAGUGACUGGAGAGAUGGCAUCUGCACAAAGCCUACAGUUACCUGUCCCAAGUCAAUGACUUAUCAAUAUCAUAUCAGCACUUGCCAGCCCACCUGCCGUGCUCUGAGUGAGGAAGAUGUCACCUGCCAUGUCAACUUCAUCCCUGUAGAUGGCUGCACCUGCCCCAAAGGCACCUUCUUGGAUGAUUCAGGCAAAUGUGUACAGGCCACCAGCUGUCCUUGCUACUACAAGGGAUCCACAGUUCCCAAUGGCGAGUCUAUGCAUGACAAUGGGGCCAUUUGCACCUGCACCCAAGGAGCACUGACUUGUAUUGGAGGUCCUGCCCCGACUCCAGUGUGUGAUGCACCCAUGAUCUAUUUUGACUGUCACAAUGCCACACCUGGUGACCCUGGAGCUGGAUGUCAGAAGAGCUGUCACACCCUAGACAUGACCUGCUAUAGCUCUGAGUGCGUGCCUGGCUGUGUGUGCCCGAAUGGGCUGGUGGCAGAUGGCAAUGGAGGCUGUGUUGUUGCUGAAGACUGUCCUUGUGUGCACAAUGAGGCCACCUACAGGCCUGGGGAGACCAUCCAAGUGGGCUGCAACAACUGCACCUGUGAGAACAGGAUGUGGCAAUGCACCGACAAUCCUUGCCUGGCCACCUGUGCUGUGUAUGGGGAUGGCCACUACAUCACUUUUGAUGGGCAGCGCUACAGUUUCAAUGGGGACUGCGAGUAUACACUGCUGCAGGACAACUGUGGUGGGAAUGGCAGCUCCCAGGAUGCCUUUCGUGUUAUCACUGAGAACAUCCCCUGUGGUACUACAGGAACCACCUGCUCCAAGGGCAUCAAGAUCUUCCUGGGGAACUACGAGCUGAAGUUGAGUGACAGCAAGAUGGAAGUGGUCCAGAAGGAUGUGGGGCAGGAACCCCCCUACUUUGUCCACCAGAUGGGCAACUACCUGGUGGUGGAAACCAACAUUGGCCUGGUGCUUUUGUGGGACAAGAAGACCAGCAUCUUUCUCAGACUCAGCCCUGAAUUCAAGGGCAAAGUCUGUGGCCUGUGUGGGAACUUUGAUGACAAUGCCAUCAAUGAUUUCACCACACGCAGCCAGUCUGUGGUCAGUGACAUGCUGGAGUUUGGAAAUAGCUGGAAGUUGUCUCCAUCCUGCCCGGAUGCCCCGGUGUCCAAGGACCCCUGCACUGCCAACCCUUACCGCAAAUCCUGGGCCCAAAAGCAAUGCAGCAUCAUCAACAGCGCAACCUUCUCAGCUUGCCAUGCUCAUGUGGAGCCGGCCAAGUACUAUGAAGCUUGUGUGAAUGAUGCGUGUGCCUGUGACUCAGGGGGUGACUGCGAGUGUUUCUGCACUGCUGUGGCCGCCUAUGCCCAGGCUUGCCAUGAAGUGGGAGUGUGUGUGUCCUGGAGGACACCAGACAUCUGCCCACUGUUCUGUGACUACUACAACCCAGAGGGUCAGUGUGAGUGGCACUACCAGCCAUGUGGGGCCCCCUGCAUGCGCACCUGCCAGAACCCUACUGGACUGUGCCUACAAGAUCUCCGUGGUCUGGAAGGAUGCUAUCCCAAGUGCCCACCAACAGCUCCCAUCUUUGAUGAGGGUGCUAUGCAGUGUGUAUCCAACUGUACUGUCACCCCCUCACCUGUACCACCACAUCCCUGCCGUGUCAAUGGAAAGUUGUACCGGCCAGGUACAUCAGUACCUUCAGACAAAAACUGUUAUUCCUGCAUUUGUACGGAGAGUGGUGUGCGCUGUACCCAUGAUGAUGGUGCCUGUGUCUGUACCUACAAUGGACAACAGUUCCAUCCUGGGGACAUCAUCUACCACACAACAGAUGGCAUGGGAAGCUGCAUCUCUGCACACUGCAGGGCCAAUGGUACCAUCGAGAGGAGCGUUGAAACCUGCAGUUCCACUACCCCCACACCCCUCACCACUUUCUCCUUCUCCACAUUGCCCGUCAUGACCUCAAUGCAACCCUCCAGCACACAUUCCAGUCCUACCCCAAGUGUGGUGUACCCAGGGUCUCCAAGCAAGGCUGAGUCGACAACCAGCAGCAUAUUGUUUGUGAAGACCUCUGCCACAGCCCCUAUCUCGACCACGUCUACUUCGGCCUCCACCGUACCCACAUCAGGUUGCCGGGAGAAGUGCUUCUGGUCUCCCUGGAUGGAUGUCAGCCAUCCUGGACGUGGCAUUGACAGUGGUGACUUUGACACUCUGGAGAACCUCCGUGCCCACGGCUACCAGAUCUGCCCAGUGCCAAAAGCAGUGGAGUGCCGUGCUGAGGCUAGCCCUGAGGUGCCUCUUCAAGAACUGCAGCAGCACCUGCAGUGUAGCACAACUGUAGGGCUGAUCUGUUACAAUAGUGAUCAGCUGUCAGGGCUCUGUGACAACUACCAGAUCAAAGUCCAGUGCUGUAACCCCGUCAACUGUCCAACCUCCAGUGGUCCUACCCAGAUGACCCAUCUGACAGCCUCUACGACAAUUACCAUGGGGGACACAACCUCCUCAGUCCCUGUCACCUCAACUGAGCACAAGUACAGCACAGUCACCUCAGGUCCUUCUACCCAUACCCCAAGUCCAUCUCCCUCUUCCCCAGUACCUUCUUCCUCAGCUCCAGUUCCAUCUACUCCUGCUCCAGUCAAUUCUACCACUGUUAGAACAACUCUGUUCGUCAUAAGCCCAACACCAAAGCCAACUCCAGCCACAUCAUCUGUGUCCAUCUCAAGCUCAGGGUCCACCAUGUCCUCCUUUGAGACAACUCAUGAGUGCAAACAGGAGCUUUGUAAUUGGACUGAUUGGAUAGAUGGAAGCUACCCUGGGUCUGGAAGAAACAGUGGAGAUUUUGACACCUUUGUAAACCUGAGAUCCAAAGGAUACAAGUUCUGUGAGAAGCCACGAAAUGUUGAGUGUAGGGCUCAGUUCUUUCCCAACACACCCCUGGAGGAGCUGGGGCAGGAUGUGACCUGCAGCCCAGAGGAGGGUUUGAUCUGUUUGAACAAGAACCAGCUGCCACCCAUGUGCUACAACUACGAGAUCCGGAUAGAGUGCUGCAAGGUAGUAAACAACUGUUCCACAGCUUCAGCUACCACACAUCCUUCCUCACACGGAGUCAGUACAAAAACAAAGACCACCUGGACCACAAACAUGUAUUCCUCUUCCACCAAGGACACCAGUAGUCACUCAGCAACCACACACACAAAGACUUGGGUCUCAGGUAGUCCACACACAACUACUCAACCAGUGACCACCCACUGCCAGCCACAGUGCAACUGGACCAAGUGGUUUGACACUGACUUCCCGGAUGCCACUCUUCUCAGUACCUCAAGUGAGACUGUCACCAGCUCAACACCUGGUACCACUUCCAUGCUCAUAUCAAGCAGAACUUCCAUGCCCCAAACGAUGACAACCAUUGUGCAGACAGACAGUACCACCUCCAUGUCCCAGACUAGCUCACCUGCUACAGGAAAAACUAGCACUCCCCACAAAACCCAAACCAGCUCAACACCUAUAGGAGGAACCAGCACCACGGGUCCCAGUUCUCCUUCUGAGGUGACUUAUUCCCCAGUGACCACCCACUGCCAGCCACAGUGCAACUGGACCAAGUGGUUUGACACUGACUUCCCGGAGCCUGGGCCCCAUGGAGGAGACCUGGAAACCUACAGCAACAUCAAGAGGAGUGGAGAGAGACUCUGUCACCGGCCAGAAGAGAUCACACGGUUGCAAUGCAGGGCUAAGAACUACCCUGAGAGAGAGAUGGAGGAUCUGGGUCAGGUGGUGCAGUGCGACCCCAGUGUGGGCCUGGUGUGCAACAACAGGGACCAGGGGGGCGACUCUGGGAUGUGCCUCAACUAUGAGGUGCGACUGUUGUGCUGUCACGUUCCUGAAGACUGCCCCAGGACCUAUCAGACUCCUCCUGUGACAUUAUCCCAUAAGCCCUCAUCUCCAGUUGUGUCAGCGUCAUCUGUGUCCCCAUCCUCAAUGACCAGCACUAGGGUUCACUCUACCACCCCUUGUUUCUGCAGUGUGUCAGGCCAGUUAUACCCCUUGGGAUCCAUCAUCUACAACCGGACAGACCUUGAUGGCCACUGUUACUAUGCGCUGUGCAGCCUGGAUUGUCAGGUGGUCAAAGGGAUUAGUCAAGACUGCCCCUCCACCAUGCCGUCCCCUGCACCAACUCUAUCUGCAUCUACCACUCCGCCUGUCAUGGAGCGGGAUCGAUGCAAUGUGUUUCCUCCAAGACUGAGAGGUGAGACCUGGCCCAUGCCGAAUUGUUCCCAAGCCACCUGUGAGGGCAACAAUAUUGUCUCCUUGAGCCCACGCCAGUGCCCAGAACUGAAGAAGCCAUCUUGUGCCAAUGGCUACCCACCUCUGAAGGUGGAUGACCAGGAUGGUUGCUGCCAGCACUACCAGUGCCAGUGUGUUUGCAGUGGCUGGGGUGACCCCCACUACAUCACAUUUGAUGGCACCUACUACACUUUCCUGGAUAACUGCACAUACGUGCUGGUGCAGCAGAUCGUGCCUGUGUUUGGAUACUUCCGUGUACUCAUUGACAACUACUUCUGUGACCUGGGAGACAGCGUUUCCUGCCCACAGUCCAUCAUUGUCGAGUACCACCAGGACCGUGUGGUGCUGACCCGCAGGCCAGUGAACGGGGUCAUGACCAAUCAGAUCAUCUUCAACAGUAAAGUCGUCAGUCCUGGCUUCCAGCAGAACGGCAUUGUCAUCUCCCGUGUGGGUAUCAAGAUGUACGUUACCAUCCAGGAGAUUGGUGUCCGGGUCAUGUUUUCAGGUCUCAUCUUCUCAGUCGAGGUGCCUUUCAACUUGUUUGCCAACAACACAGAGGGCCAGUGCGGCACUUGCACCAAUAACAAAAAGGAUGAGUGCCGCCUGCCUGGGGGUUCCAUAACCUCCAAUUGUUCUGAGAUGUCUCUCCACUGGAAGGUGCCCAACCAGCCUUCCUGCCAAGGGCCUCCACCAACACCAACUUCAGUGGUACCCAGGCCUUCACCUACUCCGUGCCCAUCGUCGCCACUCUGUGAACUCAUCCUAAGCGACGUCUUCAAGCUCUGCCAUGACGUCAUCCCCCCACUGCAGUUCUAUGAAGGCUGCUUAUUUGACUACUGCCACAUGUUGGACCUGGAGGUGGUAUGCUCAGGCCUAGAGCUCUAUGCAUCACUCUGUGCAGCCCAAGGGGUGUGCAUCCCUUGGAGAAGCUACACCAACAACACCUGUUCAUUCACGUGCCCUGAUAACAAAGUAUACCAGCCUUGUGGCCCAUCCAACCCUCACUACUGCUACAGGGAUGAUGGCGUCAGCUCAAGUUUGACCCUUCAAGAGGCUGGUCCCCAGACAGAGGGCUGCUUCUGUCCAGACAGCAUGACACUUUUCAGUACCAAUAACUCAAUCUGUGUGCCUUCCUGCCAAUGGUGUCUGGGGCCUCACGGGGAACCUGUGGAGCCGGGCCACACCAUCAGCAUCGACUGCCAGGACUGCAUCUGUAAGGAAGCCACACUGACCUGCCAAAGGAAGUUCUGUCCCCAGCCCACCUGUCCAGAGCCUGGCUUUGUGCCAGUGCCUGUAGCCCUGGAGGCUGGCCAGUGUUGUCCCCAGUUCAGCUGUGCCUGCAACUCCAGCCACUGCCCUCCGCCUCUGCACUGCCCGAAGAACUCUAGCCUGAUAGUCACAUAUGAGGAGGGAGCUUGCUGCCCAAGCCAGAACUGUAGCAGUCAGAAGGGCUGUGAAGUCAACGGGACUCUCUACCAGCCUGGUGACGUGGUCUCCUCCAGCCUCUGUGAAAGAUGCCUAUGUGAGGUUUCCAGCAAUGCCCUUGCCGAUGUCUUUGGGGUCAACUGUGAGACUGAGCUCUGUAACACCCAGUGUCCUAAGGGCUCUGAAUACCAUGCCAUGCCAGGGCAGUGCUGUGGCCGGUGUAUACCGAAGACCUGCCCCUUUAAGACCAGCAACAGCUCUACCUACCUCUACCAGCCUGGUGAGCUCUGGUCAGAACCUGGCAACCCGUGUGUGACUCAUAAGUGUGAGAAAUUCCAAGAUGCACUCAUAGUGGUGACAAUGAAGACAGAGUGUCCCAAGAUCAACUGUCCGAAGGGCCAGGCUCAGCUGAGAGAAGAUGGGUGCUGCUAUGAUUGUCUCGUAACCCAGCAGAAAUGUACAGUGUACCAAAGACAGCAGAUCAUCCGUCAGCAAAACUGCAGCUCUGAGGGCCCAGUGAGCAUCUCCUACUGCCAGGGCAACUGUGGGGACAGCACCUCCAUGUACUCCCUGGAGGCCAACAAGGUGGAGCACACAUGUGAAUGUUGCCAGGAGCUGCAAACCUCGCAGAGGAGUGUGACUCUGCGCUGUGACGACGGCUCCAGUCGGACCUUUAGCUACACCCAGGUUGAGAAGUGUGGCUGCCUGGCCCAGCGGUGCCAUGCUCCAGGGGACACAAGUCACGCUGAGUCCUCAGAACAAGAGUUCAAGUCCAAGGAAAGUGGGGAACAUGGCCAGCAGUCGGCAUUCAGGGUCAGUGAGGACGUGCUUGGGCCUUUCCAGUAAACUGAGCACCACAGCUAUCCCAACCAACAAGUCCUCCUGAGGCCAGCAGGACAUGUACUUUAGUCCAAGUGGCUUGAAUUCUACCCACCUGCCACUUCCUCUUCAAGAGGAACAUUGACCCGGAUGUUCUUGGAGGUGGGAGAGGCCCUUCUCCACCGAUUAGGAGCGUGGUGGUCACAGGCUUCUUUUGAAAGAACUUCAUUAUCACCCAAGGGUCCCAAGAAUGACAGUCACUUGCAUUCAGAUAUCAGCUGCUUGGCCUCACUCCCACCUCAGCCCUGUACCUGUGUCCCUCUUUCCAGGAAAUGACCAAUAUGUUUUAUAAAUAUACUUAAGAGCA